AUGGCCCAGACGGGCAGCGGCGGCGGGCAGCCCGAGGGCACCCCCAAGCUCAAGGCCCCCAGCCCGGGCCCUGAUGGGAAUGAGGAUGUUGCAAAGAAGGCCGCCGCGCCCCUCGCCACUGCAAGCUCCCACUCCGACCCCUACCCCCACUACAUCAUGUCUGGAGCCUGCGCUGGCGCCGCCUACCAUUCAUAUGCCAACCUCAACAACCCGCGCGCGGCCGGCAUCAAGCUCGUGUUUGGCGCCGCCUACCUGUGGGCAGGCCGCAUGCUGUACACCGGCAACCCCAAACUGGGCUACGACCUCGGAACCAUCACCUCCCUCGGGGUACGCCUGCGCGCCGGCCGCUAG